AUGAAUAACCCGUUCGAUAGAAGGGAGCGAACAGUGUUCGUGUCGAUGAUAGACAAAUCCAUUACUGAUGAUGGUUUAUACGAAUUAAUGAAGCAGGUUGGACCAGUGGAAAAGAUAAUUUUCAAGGAGAAUCCAGAUGGUACACUGAUGCAUGCGCUUGUAAUAUUCAGAAAUGUGGAGUCCGUCGUCCUCUCCAUGAUUCAUCUCCAGCCUAUGAUUAGGAAUUCAAAACUGAUCCAAAUACGGCCUCUGCGUGAGAGCUCUCACCGCUUUUCUUCGUGUGCUCGGUUCAGUCCAAUGUGCGGUCCACUGUCGCCUCAGGAAGAAACUCGUCAAACUGGUCUCCCAGAUGAUGGAACUGACGCCUCAUGGAAAGUUCAUCCUACUGAAGUUGGCCAAGUAUUGUUAGACCAUCGCUUAACGAAUCACACAGAUAGUCCAAUUCCUACUUCGACCGCUUCGCUGCCGAGUUCUGCAAGACGCUUUUCUUCACAGAGUACUUAUCCUAACACAGAAUUUAACCACCGCCACUUGUGCUCAGUGGCCCCAUCUUCUACUUACUCUUCGUAUUCACUAGCACGCCGCCUCCCAUGUUCUCACAAAUCGAACUGCUCCAGGAUUUGUUGUGCGGAGAUGUGA